CAUUCACGCUUUAAUAAACGUACAAAUGUGUAUGAUUUGCUUAAAUGUAACGGUAAGGGAGUUUAAAGACGGUUGGAGCGAAAAAGAAGUCGUACUUGAGUUUUAGUUUGUUUUCGCAAGCUUGCUGCAGACGUUGUGCCCGAGUGCGGUGCCUCCAAAAUUCAACGAGAUCACAUAUAUACAAGCCGGAUUCCUUAUUCUUCCGCGUUCAAAUGUGAAUUAUUCAUUUUUCUGCAUGCAUCUCGAUAUUUGGUGACUUAACAAUAAGUGAUAAAUUCAACGUUUCGGUGUAUGGAUAAUUUUUGAACAGUAUGCCAUAUUUUGCUCUCGUCAUUCUAUUGCUGACUAGUGUGAUAUACUCAAAUUGUCAAGAUGGUUCCCAGUAUCUUCGUAGUGUUAUAAGAGACUUGAAAGCAAUGAAAGACAGAUCAACAGCGAGAAGAAUAGACAGGACCCAAGAUGAGUUUAUCCCAACAAACGUUCCGGAAACAUAUAUAAACGCAAGAGUGGAUAAACACGACGUUCCUGAGUUAUCUUUGACGAGAGGUGAAUUGGCUUCGCUAUACGAAGAAGCGGUAUCGAAGGGCCAUACAGUUCAACUAGAAACAGGUGCCGACAGUUCUUACGUAAAUGCUGCUAUACACGAAAUCACCGAUGUCAAAGCAACUAACGACGAGGAGAGUCAACAUGCAGAUGAGACUGGUUAUUAUUAUUAUUACUAUCCCAUCAAGAGUUUUUUGGACGAAAUUACUUCACAGCCUUCAGAUAAAGAUCAUCACUACAGUCAUAAACAUAAGACGCAUUACGACAUAAAGCCAAAACAAAAACCGAAUUACAACUAUCACACCCACACACACCAGCACAAUGUUAAAAUAUCCACGACCAAAGCAUCUGAGGGCGAUCAAAAGAAUAAGUUGGAACCAUUGUUCAUGGCAAUAUCCGGCUUUCUGGGUAUGGCUGUGAUGUUUGUCCUCUCGGUAUUGGUCCUCCCCAAGUUUGGUAUCAAACCACACAAACCGAAGGGAAAACAAGAAUUGGGAGAUAUAGCUAGGAUAGCCUUGCAGGCAAUAGAAGGUCAGGACUGUAGGGAAAGAUUCGCCUGCGAGUUGAGCAAGACUGCAAGAUCUUUGAACCUACAAGAAAACAGAUUUAUAAAAUUCAUUUGGAGGAUAGCUCCCACUUCCUUGAGCAAACGGUUCGCAAGUGUCAACAAAUACAUAAAAGAAAUGAAAUGUACUGCUAUUCCUUGUAAGAAGAAACAGUCAGUAGUCAAAACGAAUCCAAAAAACGUGAAAAAGAAAACAAAAAAGAUUUAAAUGCCAAAGUAGAUAAGUGAACAAUUUUAAUUGAGAAAAAAUAAAUAAAAAUCCUCAU